UUCUGACACCAAGAAAAACAGUCAGCCAAGAUGCCUGAAACGGAGGAAGAAGUGGGUAUGUCCGUUCGCUUGACGAACGAUGAUUUCCGAAAGCUGUUGAUGACUCCAAGGGCGUCCGUACCUUCAGCCACUCCAGCCUCUGUACCAGGUACAGUAAGGGAUGCAACUGCAAAAACUGCUCAAACGCCCCAAGUUAGUGGAGGCAGCCGAGCCGAGUUGCGAAGGAAGAAGAAGAGCUUUUAUGCAAAAUUAAAGAAGCAGGAGGAAGAUAAAAUGGCCGAGCUUGCAGAGAAAUAUAGAGAUCGUGCGAGAGAGCGCAGAGAUGGUACCAAUCAAGAUUAUCAGGCAGAGGAUCCCAUGAACAAUGCUAGUGCUUAUCGAGCCGUUGCACCUGACCUGAAAUCUGGCAUGGAUGCUGCUGAGCGCAGGAGACAAAUGAUUCAACAGUCUAAAUUCUUGGGUGGUGACAUGGAGCAUACUCAUUUGGUCAAAGGUUUGGAUUACGCUCUUCUGCAAAAGGUACGCAGUGAAAUUGAAGCAAAAGAACACGAGCAAGAGCAGGAAUUGGAGAAGUUGGUGAAGCCAAAAGAGAAGUUGAAGAAAGAGCAACUUUUGGAGAAGAAGGAUGACGAGAUGCAAUUCAAGACUAAAAUCGGUCGAAAUGUAUAUAAAACAAUCAUGAUCAUGAAAUCCAAGCAAAUUGAAAGGAAUGAACUGUUCACCCCAGGUCGCAUGGCAUAUGUUAUUGAGUUAGAUGAUGAAAAUGCCGACGUCGACAUACCGACAACGCUUAUCAGAAGCAAGGCGGAUGUACCUACGAUCGACAAUACACCAACUCUUACGACUAACGAUAUUGUAAUAAAUAAACUGGCGCAGAUACUGUCGUACUUGCGCCAGGGAAGUCGUCACAGCAAGAAGAGCAAGAAACUGAAGGACGCACGCGGUCGUGGCGACGAGUUGAACGAACUCGACAUCCAAUCACGUCAACCCGUUGCCGACGAAAGUAUUUAUGGCGACAUUGGCGAUUAUGUGCCGACGAUGAUGAGCAAAAAAGAUGGACUACGCGAGAAGAAGAAGGGCUCAUACUUUGAUAAGCCCGAAUCGAAUUUGGAUACCGAUGACAAGGCGAACGCGCCUCAAUUGCCGAGCGUUUUGCAACCAAAUGCGAUGGCCGCUGCAGUUGCCGCAGCAGACAGCAAUGCGCCGAAAAAGGGUGCAUUGCUGAACAAACUCGCGGCUGAACCAGAAGGAUACGCCGAGUGUUACCCAGGCUUAGACGAGAUGCAAGACGCUAUCGAUGAUUCAGACGAUGAGGUAGAUUAUACGAAGAUGGAUCUAGGUAACAAAAAGGGCCCAAUAGGUCGCUGGGACUUUGAUACGCCCGAGGAAUACAGUGAAUAUAUGAAUAACAAGGAAGCACUGCCCAAAGCAGCCUUUCAGUAUGGCGUGAAGAUGGCCGAUGGUAGACGCACCAGAAAGUAUAAUAAAGAGAAGAAUGAGAAGGCAGAACUUGAUCGCGAAUGGCAAAAGAUUCAGAACAUUAUGAACAAGAGAAAACCGACAACAGCAAUCGAGGGCGCAUCUGAAUUCAAAGUACCGCGAUAUUAAGCGUUCUAUUCGACUAACGAAUCUGUAUUUUCGAUUUAUCGUAUA